AUGAGCAGCAGCACAACAGGGCCAUCCAGCACAGGUGCUGGAGCCGUUUCAAUUUCCAGCACAAGUUCCUCGAGCUCGCGUGAAGCGCGUAUUGCUACACACUCUCACAUCAAGGGUCUCGGCCUUGAUGAGCAUGGCAUGGCACUCCCAAGCGCUCGCGGGUUUGUAGGCCAACGGUCAGCGCGCGAGGCAUGCGGUCUUAUUCUCGAUUUAAUCCGACAAAAAAAGUUCGCGGGUCGUGCCUUGUUGCUUGCCGGUGGGCCCGGCACAGGAAAGACAGCACUUGCUCUAGGUAUGGCACACGAGCUUGGACACAAAGUGCCAUUUUGUCCUAUGGUCGGGUCUGAAGUGUACAGUUCUGAAGUGAAGAAAACUGAGGUUCUUAUGGAAAAUUUUCGCCGCGCAAUUGGCCUUCGUGUGCGUGAAACGAAAGAGGUGUAUGAAGGUGAGCUUACAGAGUUGACGCCGACGGAAAUGGAAAACCCGUUGUCCGGCUACGGAAAGACCAUCGUGCAUGUGGUUAUUGCACUCAAGACAGUCAAGGGAACGAAACAGUUGCGCCUUGAUCCCAGCAUUUAUGAGAGCAUACUAAAGGAGCGAAUUGCAGUCGGCGAUGUUAUUUAUAUCGAGGCCAACACGGGUGCUGUGAAGCGGGUUGGUCGCUCCGAUGCUUAUGCAACAGAAUUCGAUCUGGAAGCAGAUGAAUAUGUGGCUCUCCCGAAGGGAGAUGUGCAGAAACGGAAAGAGGUCGUGCAGGACGUGACACUUCAUGAUCUUGACAUGGCCAAUGCGAAGCCACAGGGCGGACAGGAUAUCAUGAGUGUUGUGGGUCAGCUGGUCAAAGGUCGCCGCACGGAAGUAACUGACAAGCUGCGCAACGAAAUUAACCGAGUGGUCGACAAAUAUAUUCAACAAGGCAUUGCCGAACUUGUGCCAGGUGUCCUGUUUAUUGAUGAAGUGCACAUGCUCGACAUGGAGUGUUUUACGUACUUGAACCGAGCGCUUGAAUCUACAAUUAGUCCACACGUGAUCCUCACAACAAACCGUGGCCAGUCGACUGUACGCGGGACUGAGUUUGACGGUGGUUUGAGUGCUGGAAUUGUCGCACCGCAUGGCAUCCCACUCGACCUUCUUGACCGCUGUAUGAUUGUGCGUACGUUGCCGUACUCAGAUGAAGAAAUCCGGCAAGUCAUACGUAUUCGCACAGCAACUGAGGGUAUUGCCGUGAGUGAUGAUGCCAUUACAAAAUUGACAGAACUUGGCACACGCACGUCUUUGCGCUUUGCCUUGCAGUUGUUGGCACCUGCUUCGGUCCUUGCGAAUGUGGCUGGCCGCUCAGAAAUCACCAUUGACGACGUGAGCCAAACAAAUGGGCUCUUUUUGGACGCACGCUCAUCGGCCCGUCAGCUUGCCAGCGGAACUAGCGCCGAGAAUGCAGCCAUGGAUGUGGUGUCGUAA